AUGCCAACAAGAUACUCAGAAUCUGAUCCACCAUUUACGGAAUGCUUCAGUGAAAUAUUUUCUGAAUCUAGAAAAAUUCGCAAUCAUGAAGAUGAAGGUUUGGGAGAGUCUGAGCCACCGUUGAUAGACUUGGAGAAUUUAAGAGGAAAGAAUGAGAAGGAAAGACAAGCCUGCAUUGAAUCUAUCACCAAGGCAUCCUUGCAAUGGGGUUUCUUCCAAGUUGUCAACCAUGGAAUCAGUCAUGAGCUUUUAGCACAAAUGAGAAGAGAGCAAAAAAAGAUAUUUGAGAUACCCUUCGAAAAGAAGGUAAAUUCCAGGUUUCUGAAUGACUGCUAUCGUUGGGGCACUCCAACAGCCACUUCUCUUGAACAGUUCUCGUGGUCAGAAGCCUUUCAGUUUCCAAUUGGAAAUAUUUCGGGAGAGGAUUGCUUCUCUCGAGAGUUCAGCUCUCUAAGAGAAGUGAUGGAGAAACUUGCCAAUGCAAUGUCGGAGCUGGCAGGGAUUCUAGCCAAAAUUCUGGCAGAAAAUUUGGGCUACAGAGGACAUAGUUUUCCAGAAAAUUCAAGCAAAAAUACAUGCUUUCUUCGCUUAAAUCAUUAUCCUAAAUGUACUUUCUCGCCCAAAACAUUUGGUUUGACUCCUCACACUGACAGCGACUUCCUCACUAUACUUCAUCAAGAUGAAGUGGGAGGGCUCCACAUGAUGAAGGACUUCAAAUGGGUUGCUGUGAAACCAAAUCCAAACGCUCUCAUAGUCAACAUCGGAGACCUAUUUCAGGGAUGGAGCAAUGACAUUUACAAGAGUGUAAUACACAAGGUUGUGGCGAAUGAGAAGGUUGAUAGGUAUUCCAUAGCCUAUUUCUUGUGCCCAUCAUAUGAGUCCAUAAUAGGGAGCUGCAAAGAGCCCUCCCUCUAUAAGAAUUUUACUUUUGGGGAGUACAGGAAUCAGGUCCAAAUUGAUGUCAAGGAAAAUGGGCAGAAAGUGGGACUCUCCAGAUUUCUACGAUAG